CAGCACCUUGCCUAACUUUGAUAUUCCAUAUCCCAUGCUGGUUCUGGUGGGGCCGCAGGCUGGUGGAAAACGAGAACUAGCUCACAUGCUUUGCCGAGAAUUCAGUGACUAUUUUGGAUACUGUAUCUGUCAUACAAGCCGAAGUCCAUAUUUUGGAGAAGAGGAUGGAUAUGAUUAUCAUUUUGUAACUGAACAAGCAUUUGAAGAAAUGAUCCGAUUGGGGAAAUUUAUUGAGACGAUUAAGUACAGUGGAUAUUAUUUUGGACUCAGCAGGGAUGCAUUAGAAGCUGUCGCCAGAGAGGGCCUAGCUUGCUGUGUUCAUAUGGAACUAGAGGGAGUACGUAGCCUGAAGAAGACAUACUUAGAGCCUCGAUACAUUUUGCUGAUCCCGAUGAAAAGAGAAGAGCACGAGAAAAGAUUGCAGCUGAGAGGGCUGUACAGUAAAUCACACAUUGAUUUUGCCUUAUCCAGAAUUGAGAACUAUAUCAGAAUAAACCAGGACUACCCAGGAUACUUUGAUGCUGUUAUUAACAGUGACGAUCUGAUGCAGGCAUACUUGCAGCUGAGCCAGCUGCUCAGGGAGUACCUGAGCCUCAGUAAUCAAACAAGCAAUGACAGUGACAGAGCCAUGAAAGGGGACAAAUGGCAGGCGUCUGAUUUGCCAAAGAACACACCGACCGAAAUUAACCAGUCAAGCUGGAGUAAAAUUUCAUCAUCCAAUGGAUUUCCUGUUGAAUUUGUGGACUCCUCUACUAGGAACUACUCUUCUAGAAUACAGGCUAGACUAUCAGCAGAAAGAAGCCACUUGGAACAAUGUUCUAUUGAACAACGCCAGGAAGUGGCACGGGAAGCUGUGAAGGGACAAGUUCCAAGUCCAUACACCCAACUGUUCAAAAGGGUUCAAAACUUCUCCAUCGUCACGAGCACUAGUUUUGAAUCAAAACUCACGUCAUACACGUCUCUUGUCCCGGUGGCCAGUAUCACCAGUUAUGAACAGAACUCCGGCAGUUUGUCUCAAUCGACCAGCUCUGAAGUAACCCAUGCCACUCUUCAAGAUUCAUCGCUUUCAUCGGCUGAAGUAUUUUCGGAACUGAUUAAGCCUAUAGAACUAGAUACUAGCUCCUCUACAGAAUUUGACUCUCAGGCAUCACUACCUGAGUAUAAAUUCCCAGGUAUUCCAGACUUGAAGAAACCAGGAGAAGGUGAUCAGGCUUCUUUACAUGCUCUAGAGGAAGCAAGGCCAGAGCCCUACAAAGAAACAGAGCUUACAUCCAGGCUUCCUUCAGUCCAUAAUGUGCUGCCUCCAUCUCCUCGACUUGGGUCGAACAUCAAGCCCAUUCUGCCUCCAAUUCCAUCAGGGCGCACAAGAGCUGAGAUCCCUGAAAGUCCACAACAAGCUGUCUGUACACUGAAAUGAAAGUUUAUUAAU